AUGAUCAAGACAAAUAAAACUGGACCCAAGGUAGCAGUUUCAGCACAGAGAGGGGCUGAGGUUACUAGCACAGCCCCUCAGCGGGGACAUGGGUACAUUCUUGCCUCGAGCCAGCAAAGUGCUGCAGUCUCCAUGAGCCCUUCCCACAGAAGGUCAGAAGCUGCACACGCGACAUCAGACUAUGCUCGAUCUCACUCUCUCCAGUCAGGGCCCAGCCUCUAUGCAGCACCCACUCCUCAGGGAACCGAGACCCGGCCAAGAACAGAAACACCCCGCCAUCCCUCUAUUCAGCGAAAGGUCCAGCAAACUCAGACACCGGCUUCCCAUGCUGUAAGCGUACAUCAGAAUUUUAGUCCACUCAGAGAGGAAGCAAUACGAAGAGGUGUUGAGAACAAGCCAGGACGUGCCUUAUCAACCCCAGAUGCCAAACCCUCUCAUCGGUUGAGUUUUGUAGACCAGAAGGAGAACUUACAAGUUUCACAUGAGGAGGACCCACCCUCCAAGGUCCAGAAUCCCCAAGGAGUCAGAGGUCCCCGUAGGAUUUCAGCUCACCCAAAGGAUGAAGCAGUACAAACUGAACCCAUCCGAAGGAUUUUGACUGUUGGUGGGGGCAGAUCUUCAAGGAGUCACUCUACCCCAGAGCACAGUGGCAGGCAUGCCUGUGUAGACCAUUGGACAGCCCAGAGAAAGAUCACUGGCCAGGAGCCGGAAAUGGGUCCUCACAGCUCAAUUCCUUCAGAAUCCAAGGCCUUGCAUAAAAAUCUGAACUUGGAAUCGUCCCUCAAACUCUCUGUCCUUAGAAAUUUAGAUGGUGGACACCAAGUUUCUGUGCGUUCAGAGCCUGAGACUCUCCGAAAGCAUUCUGCCUACCCCGAAACCAAGCCAUCCACAAAGGUCUUAAUACCAUCCAAGAAGGAGUCCAAUGUGAGGUUCCCAACACGAGGAGAAAGUGAGGUUGGCCGCAGGGUCACCAUCUGCCCCAAUGAACAGUUAAUACAGUCAACAAAAAGUAUGUCACCUCGAUCAGUAUCUGAGGGCCCCCGCAAACCUUCCACGUUUGUCACUCCAGAGCCCAUCUAUAAACAGCAAGUCCAAAGGCCUGCAGGAAAUACCUACAUGUCCCCAGGACCCCCACUUAGGUAUUCAGAACUCUCCCAAAAGCCCUCCAUUCAUGAAGAACUGGAACUGACCCCUCGGCCCUUACCCCCUCGGUCUUUACCUAGGUAUGGGCCUGACUCCUCCUGGUGGGCCUUACUGAAUCCUGAAGUUGAAAUUCCUCAAAGCAGGCCAACAACACCUGAUUUUGAGCCUAAGUCCCCUCCUCCCCUAGACCCUUUUUUGUCCUUUUUUGAAACGGACCCAAGCCCUUACUAUGAAGAUGUGGUGUUCCAGAGAGAGAAGACAAGCCCACCACCACCACCAUCACCAAAGGAGUCUCCAAGCCAGUCACCACAGAUGGAAGUGCCACAGGUCUCCAAGUAUACCUGUAAACAACCCAAACAAAGGUUUAGUGCUUUCUUUCUGGAUGUCUCCGAGGAAAUGUACAAUCGUGUCAUCUGGUGGCUAAAAGAUGAGGAGAUCAAGCGUUUCCUGGAGGACACCACGGAUGAUGCAGAACUGAGCAAGUUUGUGAAGGAUUUCCCAGGAAGCGAGAGCUGCCACUCACCGGAAGCCAAGACCUGGGUUUCCAGGCCCCAAAUCCCGGAUCCAAGUCCCCAGGCCCCGGACCUCUAUGAUGAUGAUCUGGAGUUCAGACCCCCCUCGUGGCCCCAGUCCUCUGACAGCCAGCAGUACUUCUGUGCCCCAGCCCCUCUCAGCCCCUCUGCCCGGCCCCGCAGCCCAUGGGGCAAGCUCGAUCCCUAUGAUUCCUCUGAGGAUGACAAGGAGUAUGUGGGCUUUGCGACUCUCCCCAACCAAGUCCACCGAAAGUCCGUGAAGAAAGGCUUUGACUUUACCCUCAUGGUGGCAGGAGAGUCUGGCCUGGGUAAAUCCACUCUUGUCAAUAGCCUCUUCCUCACUGAUCUGUACCGGGACCGGAAACUCCUCAGUGCUGAAGAGCGGAUCAUGCAAACCGUGGAGAUCACUAAGCAUGCAGUGGACAUAGAAGAGAAGGGUGUGAGGCUGCGGCUCACCAUUGUGGACACACCUGGUUUUGGGGAUGCAGUCAACAACACAGAGUGCUGGAAGCCUGUGGCAGAAUACAUCGACCAGCAGUUUGAGCAGUAUUUCCGAGAUGAGAGUGGCCUGAACCGCAAGAACAUCCAAGACAACAGGGUGCACUGCUGCCUGUACUUCAUCUCACCCUUCGGCCACGGGCUCCGGCCAUUGGAUGUUGAAUUCAUGAAGGCUCUGCAUCAGAGGGUCAACAUCGUGCCUAUCUUGGCUAAGGCGGACACACUGACACCUCCUGAAGUGGACCACAAAAAACGCAAAAUCCGGGAGGAGAUUGAGCGCUUUGGAAUCAAGAUCUAUCAGUUUCCAGAUUGUGACUCUGAUGAGGAUGAGGACUUCAAAUUACAGGACCAAGCCCUAAAGGAAAGCAUCCCAUUUGCAGUCAUUGGCAGCAACACUGUGGUAGAGGCCAGAGGGCGGCGAGUUCGGGGCCGACUGUACCCCUGGGGCAUUGUGGAAGUGGAAAACCCAGGGCACUGCGACUUUGUGAAGCUGAGGACAAUGCUGGUGCGUACCCACAUGCAGGACCUGAAGGAUGUGACACGGGAGACCCAUUAUGAGAACUACCGGGCACAAUGCAUCCAGAGCAUGACCCGCCUGGUGGUGAAGGAACGGAAUCGCAACAAACUGACUCGAGAGAGUGGUACCGACUUCCCCAUCCCUGCUGUCCCACUAGGGACAGAUCCAGAAACUGAGAAGCUUAUCCGAGAGAAAGAUGAGGAGCUGCGGCGGAUGCAGGAGAUGCUACACAAAAUCCAAAGACAGAUGAAGGAGACCCAUUAACUGGCUUUCAGCCCUGGAUAUUUAAAUCUCCUCCUCUUCUUCCUACCCAUGCCAGCCCCUCCCAGCACCAGCUCUGCUCAGGCCCCUGCAGCUACUGCCAUCGCCUUACAUCCCCGCGGACUCCCCAGAGACUCAGAGGAAAUACAGUUUAAUAAAUCUAUGGGUGGCUUCUGG